AUGGGCCACUCACGUCCAUGCUACCCCUCUCAACCCUUACCACGGAUCUUCCCUCCGGAUGAAGUUCAAUCACAGCGCGUUGAUGUUAACGUUCAACACGGUUCCCUAGAUUCUGGUCCGCCAACAAACUCUACGCCUGAGAUGGCCUUGGGUUACCAAUCCACGCCUUCCUCCCACAUUUCUUACGGACAUCACCCUACUUACGAUAAUUUUCAGUACGAUGCACACCAUCAAGUGCCUUACGGUUCCCCUUACGAGACUCCUCAUGGUUCUCCUUACGAGACCCCUUACGAGACCCCUUACGGCCUAUCCCAAUCUCAAGCUUAUUCACCUUCAAGUUUUAUGCCGGUGCCCUCUUUUCAACCUCAACCUAGCACUGUGCCAGCUCCUGCACCAGCUGCUACGGUUACUCCCAUACCCAGUCCUCCGGAAAAGCGUAAGAGAGGCAGGAAAGCCAAGCCUAAGCCUACCGAGGGCCCAAUUUCCGAAAAGGUUCCGGUAUCCCAACCUUCGGCUUCAAACGGUGUCGCGGAAUCCAAUGCUAAGACUGAUUACCAUUGCUAUUGGUUGAUGCAUAAAAAUGAGAAUGGUCAAUCAGCUUAUAGCAUACUUGUAGAAUGGGUGAUUGUCCCUGGAAAUUACAACAGAUGGCGUGCGAAAGAUUCGAAGAAGAAAGAAGUCGCUGACGAGAUAUCCACCUUUUUAAUCGAAAGGGGAAUCACUGGCAGGACAGCUGAUUCCUGCUACUGCCAGGUACGUGAAAUCGAGAAAAAAUAUCGCUUGGCCCUUGAAGAGACUAAGAGGACUGGUGGUGGGUCAGUCGGGUACCCUGGAGAAAAGUCUUAUGAUGAAAAAAUUGAGGAUAUGUGCCCGCACUUUUAUGAACUCAAUGCGAUGAUGGCUGAUCGACCAUCAGCGACACCCCUGGACAACAUCGAGUCGAUGGCGGAUCUGGAUGAGGCCACCUCAAUGGAAGCUCUUCGCCUCCCUCAAAAACAAUCAAUAGUAAUCGAUCUCGACGCUGAUGACGAAAUUAUCCCUAAUGAUACGGCUGAUACCGAUGACGAAGGAUUUGCUAUACCUCCCCCACUCAACCGGAAUGCACUUAUGCAAGCUAUUGAUGGUGCCGACAAGGCUGUGAAUCUUAAACCCGACAAACGCCAGAGGGUAUUUUCAGCAGAUGAUUCCUCUGACUCGGUGCGUUCAAAAAUCUCAAGCAAGAAGGCACGGAACCCCAAUGCAGGCCGAUUCUUGACAUUGAUUGGAAUCGACUCGUCUCCUUCCCAACCUACUACCUCGCGAAAAGGCGCCAAUCAGACCAGCCCUCAAGAUUUGUUUAAAUUUCAAGAGCAAGCUUCUAAACAACGUGAUGAUCUCAUAGAAAUCCAGAGAGAUGCUGUCAGGGUUCAGGCAGACGCGGGCAAGGACAUGGGAACAGCCAUGAAGAGCAUGGCUGAUACUUUGAAAACAAUCGUUACCCCCGACCAAACCGAGGCUCAAAUGAAUAAACUGAAGCUUAAACAUAUGAUCAAGAUGCAAGAGGCUGAACUCGUGGACAAAGCACUUGAAAGAAAAGCAAAACUGGUUGAAAGGUUUGCCCUCAGUGGUAUGAGCAUGAUCGAUGCCAAUGCUCUCGCUGAUCAGAUGAUCAGCGAGGCAGAAAAAAGUGUAGCUAAAGUGCGCGAGUCGUCACCUGGCGAAGAAUGA